GACCGUUUCAGAAAGACGCCGAGAUGGGCACAGGGCCGUCGGGGCUGCCGUCGCGGGGAAAGCUGCGGAAUAUUAUCCUGCUUCGACUUCACCACUUGCUCGUGGAUCGUCAGGAAUGCCUCGAGUCGUGGCUCGUGCACGCAUUUCAGAAGCUAGACCUUAGCAACAUGGGCUACGUUCCUUUGGACGCUAUCUUCUCCAUAGUCGAAAGCAUGGGGGGAAGUGGCUCAGGCAAGAAGACUGUUCCUGUCACGAGGGAGGAAUGUCGCCGAGUUGCUACUGCAUUUGACUUUGAUGCAAAUGGACGGUUCCAUUACAUGCGAUUCAUUUGGUUCGUGCUGCCUCCUGGGAAGAUGUUCAUCAGGGAAGAGAAGGCGGUGGGAAUCCACGGCAUCUUCCACACUUCCAGAGGAACAUGGGACGUCGGCCAAUUGCCAAUCACCAUCAAACGCCUCGAGAUGAACCAGCAGAUGCUCGAGCUUGUCGACGACCUCCGCAUUCAAAUAUCAUUGCUCGCAACGCUGGCCCACCCAAACCUGCUGCGAUACGUCGGCAGUACCAUGUCCGACUUGACGUUAUGGGUCUGUCAAGAGUGGAGCGAGGCUUCCUCCAUACGCACCAUUCUGGGUGCGUUCGGCCGCAUGAGCGAGCCAACGAUUCGGCGGUACAUCGUCCAAGUCGUCGAGGGCCUCCAGUUUCUGCAUGCAAAUAGCGUUCUACACCGGUAUAGCUGCUGUACAAUGCAGACACUGAUCAAUGCUGCAGGGAGAUUCACGGCGAGUCAACUCGUAUCGACACGGCGGGAUUGGUCAAGAUGGGGGAGUUCGCAGUCGGCCCAUCCCUUCGAGCAUUGAACGCUGGAUCCCACAAUUUCAACGACACUCUCUAUGCAAAGUUCCCCCCGCCUGAGCUCAAGCAAAGUUCAAGUGCGUGGGGCACCAAGGCCGACGUGUGGAGCGUGGGGUUGCUGGCGCUCGAGGUGGGCCUUCGCUCGCAACUCUAGCCUCGACAAGGGUAGCCGUAGAUGCUGUUUGGGACGGCGAUUUUGAACGCGCCCAUGUCAACCCAGCCACCCAUGCCCGAGACAGUGUCUCCAGCAUUUCGGGCGUUUUUAGUGCACUGCUUCGAGGUACGAAUUCGAAUGUAAAUGGGUUGGUGAGUUGUCGAGCUGUAGGUGAACCCUCGGGACCGCGCAACGGCAGAAGAGCUGACGCUGCACCCGUUCUUUCAAACGGAAGAGGACUCGAGUUGCAUGUUUUCGGAGGUCUCCCACUCGACGAUGAAGAUGGUUCAGAGCGCCAUGCCGACGUUCUUCGACUCGUCAUGAUGCCCUUGUCACACGGAGACACUCGGCGCGUGUUGAUAAAUAAUACGAGCUAUUCCAAAGUAGGCUUGGACUGGCGAAGCUGGUUGAGCCAGGCGAGGACUUUGGCCGCGGACGGUCGGUCGUCUGGGUUGUACGCCAAGCAUCUCUGGGCAAUGAGGUAGAUGCAGGGCGGACAUGAUCGCGUGAACUCUGGCUUGAGUUCACCUGCGACCACAAGCAUCGCGAUGCGGGCUUUCGCGACAUCGACGGCCUUGGACGAGUCGUCGAUGGACUGUCGACGGCGGACGGACGAAUACGGCACUUCCAGCGUGUCCAUUUCAGAAAGCAGCACCCCGAGCGAGUACAUGUCUGCCUUGGCAGAGUACCGCACGCCCUUGAGAAUCUCUGGCGCGAUCCACGCCACCGUUCCAAUCUCGGCCGUCAUCGUUUCGUCACCGUCGUUCGUGCAAGACCGCGACGUCCCAAAGUCGGUCAACUUGGCCUUGUAGGAAGGACCGAGCAUCACGUUCUUUGCCUUGAGAUCCCGAUGAAUGAUAUCUUGACUGUGGAGGUACGCCAACGCUAGCACAACAUCCCGCAGGAGCCGCUCCUUGGACACUUGGCAAGACACAUCCAAGAGGCCUGCCGACGGAUCCGUCGGUCGUGCCACAUCCGCUGCGGUCGAUUCGACGGACCAAUUCAAGCGGAAGUGCGCCGCAAUGUUCCACGGAAGGGCAUGCGACCGGCGGUCUUGCUGCAGCAGUGUCCACAGGUCGCCGUGAGACAUGUACUCGUUCACCAUCGAUAAGUUAAGCAGACUCGUCCACGUGUAGCCGUAGAAAGCCACGAUAUUGGGAUGCUGCAGCCGACUGUUGAGCCGGAUUUCGUCCAUAAAGUCCUCGAUGUUGUGAAUGUGGGCUAGUUUCUCCGGGAGCAGCCGCUUCAUUGCAACUUGGACGGCCGGCCCUUUGUCUGGCUUCCACGUACCCAGGUAGACAACGCCGUAGCCACCGCGAGCAAGCAGUCGCUCUCUCGACACUGCUGCCGACGGGAUGCGGAACGCUAUGCACAUGCUCAGCCAUCGAACGGGACAGUGCACGUACGGAUGAAGGUCGGGUCGAAUCGAAUGUCGUUAAAGAGUUCGGUGCUGUCAACCAGAGUCGGGCGAUUGCCGGGGGUUCCUUCGCGGUGCCACACUUGGUCUUCAUUCAACCGUACCCUGCGCUUCCACUCCAACCAGACGGCGACGGACGCGAUGACGAGGGCCGCACAGAACACGACAAUCGAAAUGUACAGCGUCCCAAGACGGGAAUCUUCCUGUUUGAUGGGGAAUAGCAAUUCAUCUGCAGCAGUGUCCAGCACUAUAUAGACGGGAAGGGACCCCGCCGAGUCGCAGGACCGACCAGAGCACUCCAGAAGAGGAUACGAAGCAUUUGCAUAUGGACACAUGGCCGGGUCGUUGAUGCGUCCAUACGUUUUAAAGUGAUCAAGCAUUUUCUUGGUGGCAGUGAUUCGUUUCAGCGGGUUGCGACCGAUGCACCUACACGUCGAUCCAGGAGGGGUCCAUAAGCCAUUCGGUCUUACAGGUGCUGCAAGGUCGGGGUGAAGCGAAGGAACAAGACUUGAAUGUUGUUGCCGUCCAGGUACCUGCCACACACCUCAUCAGGGAAAUGGGAUGACGAGGGACCACACACAGAGUCGUCAAAAGAGGCGGCCAUUUCACUUUGGUUGUGUCAGAGAUAUUGUUGGCCGAGAGGUCCCUGUCUCGUGCGGUGUAGAGGCUGCUCGACAGGCGAGGUCAACACGUA